AUGCCUUCCAGCCCUUUUGGCUUAUUUGGCGUCGAAAGUGACGAGGAAAACGCGACUGAAUUAUAUGAAAAUGCUUCGAAUUCAUCUGAAAGCCCGCGAUAUCGACCAUUACAUUCCUCUCCCAACUCGACUUUCAGUGAGAGGUUAAAGAUUGCAAGAAAACUUAUUCCUUCGUAUCCUGGCAGAGCAAAAUUAGUGAAAUCCAAUCAUGAGAUGACCGGAUUAAAGAGAAAAACAGAUGAAGAAAACAUCAGCGGUGGAUUAGAAACCAGCAAUUGUCCAACGGUUCGAGAGUUUCAGAACUUCUUCCGGGAACAUGCCAUCAUCAUGGAGUUGUAAGCGCUAACUUAUCUUCAUGUUGAUAUAUUUUAGAAGCUUAUAAAGAGAUCUGUAGUGAUGAAAUUAGCGCUUUAUAAGUGUACAUUGUUAUUAUUAACGUACCUGUACAUUCAGUUAUCUCGCAUUUUACUAUAUAUCAUUGAAAUAUGUUGGUCGCAAUUGUUUUUUUGUUGUUGUUAACCUGUGUUUGAUAAUAAUUACGGCAAUGAUAUUUCACACUUCACGAAACCCAGCUAGAUAGUAAACUUUUAAUGACAAAUUAAAUACCCAUUAUGCAGCCCCACCAUUGAAACUCACGUCCUCGAAAAUUCCCAACAAUUAAAAGGGACAGUUCCAUGAAAAUUCAGGAAGGGUUGGGGGAAGAGCUAUGCAGGAAGCUUACCAGCUAUAUAGAUACCUACAAUCGGCAACAAAAUAAGUUGAGACACUUCGCUCUAAACUGGGCUUUUUAACAUUUUACUGACUUCAAAAGGGGGAAAUAUAGCUUUUCCUCCCCCAUCCCCUCCAUGCAAUGUUGUGCCACUGUUUGAGCUACUUUAGAAAACAACAAACACCUCAACUUUGAAUGGAGAGGACAAGGGAGGGGUGUGGAUUCUUUUGUUCUCUGAAGUUACCCUAUGCAAUGUCUCAACAAUUUUGUCACCAAUUGUAGGCUAUAAUAUGUUCACACUAUGUUGGAUAGCUCUUCUAAAGGCAGGAAAAUCAUACUGGAUACAUCAUCUAAGGCUUCUGUUUACGCAUAAGAACAGUGAUUUUGGCGCAUUUGCUAAAACAGAUGGAAACCACACCACCACCAAACCCUCUCAACCAAUGGUUCCAGCACAUUGUUCAAUGAGUGUGAACAACUUGUUCCAGCUCUGUGCUACUGCUGUUCAUACUAAACUGGACACAAAAAACCAUCUGCUAUAUUGUGAACAUAGCCUUAAUUGGAGUCAUUUGUUCAAAGAACACUGCUGAGAGCAUCUCUGUCCACCACAAUGCAGCUCUGAAAGAGGGACUGCAUAUUAAGAAUUCUUUAAAUAUUUAAGACAAUUUAAUUUUAAGACAAAGGUGGGGGUAGGGCCUUGGUCCUCAGGUCCUUACUUAAUCUUCCCAUGAAAAGCAACAAUGGGGCGGGGGGAAGGGGGACGGUGCUUGGAACUGACGGAGGCACAACCAAUGCAUCAAUCAAUCAUAUAUUGUCAGCCCAUGCAACCCCCAAUCCCCCCAAAAAAUGGUCUGGUGUGACUGCACCAAUUGUUAUAUGGCUGCAUGGCUUUGUAAGCAUUAAAGGUGAACCUUGAAAGUCAUCUGUUUUCAUUGCUUAUGUGUCUGGCAAGAUCAAGCCUAAUCUUGCCCUGCACUCAGGACAGCCCACUUUGUUCCUGCAAAAAGACUUUUUUUGUUUGGUGAAGCUUUGUCUCCAACUCAUUCUUUAUAAUUUGUGAGAGUUUUAAAAUGGACGGAGAUGAACGUGAGCCAUGAAUAGCUCUGCGCUUUUUCCUGGGUAAUUUUACGUAGCAUUUUAAAUGUAUACUUUUUAUUAUACACUAUAUAUAUGUGAACAAACUUAUUAUAGUCAUGAAAUAACCAUUCGUAGGUUAAAUGAAUUUAAACUGUCUCCCAUACUGUUUCACAUUGCAGCAAGUAUUUGAGUCAAAAUCCUCUCAGUGGAGUCUAUGCAGUACCCUCUCUAAACACAUUACAAGGUCAGUUGAAUAUCGUGGAUACUUACUUGCCUCUGAGCUGCGCGCUAUUAGUUAAAAGAAUGUCUCCUUGGCCUGGUGCAAUGAGUCUUAAUUAGAAUCGAGUCUGUCGCAAAUCAUGAAAAAAUCAGUUCAGUGGCUUACAUUUUACUACACAGAGCUUAUAAUAAUAUAUAUUUCAUUUCACACAAACCAAAGAGAAUGAAAUGAGAUAAGGACCAAACAACUUGCUGCCUUUUCGUUGUUGUUUUAGGUCUAAGGAAAACAGUUAGGUGCUAGUAUAUAUCAUGACAGGUUAGCUUUAUCAAAAGAAAAUAUAAGUUCUUGGAGAUAUGUGGUAGGGGGCAUGGGUGGGAGGGGUGGAAGGGGUGGGAAGAGACUGGAGGGGUUAUUUGGAGUACUUGAUAUAGCUUUAAUCAUCCAAGUUAGUAGUUUUUUAGCAAAUCCUCAGAGAUAUGUGGGGGCAGGCCAGGGGGAGGGGGGGACAUUGAAUGUAGUGUCAGAAUCUGAAUCCAUACUUUGAUUCAUUAUUGUCAAAUAAACAAUUAUAUGAAUUUGUGUGCCUGCAUGAAGUUUUCGUAGCAGCAGGCAUGAGGUUGCCUUACAACUGCCUAUAACGUUUUGGUUAUUAAGGGUUUAGCUCAGUGCUUUCUUUUUUUAGUGUGAACAGUCUGACUGCAACUUCCAACAGAUUGUCAUCAGACCUCCUUAUAUAUAUAAUGACACCUCUCUAAACCGGCUGCAGGUAGCUUUACUCCCUGUCAUUUUUCAGUCAUUUUCUUUGACUUCCAUUAAGAUGGACUCCUUCUUUAAGCCCUGAUGAGCAAGUCUCAAUGGUGUUCAUCUUAGAGAGAGAUUAUCACUGGAGCCACAGCUUGUUUUGUCAGUUACUGUAUUACUAUAUUAUUAAAUCUAAUAGCUUGAUCAAUUUUAUCCUUAGUCUGGCAUGGGAUAAUAUUCAUCAGAGGAGGACCUUACAGAAAUGGAAUCUUCAGGUUUAUAGUUAUUCUACAGGAUGAGUAAGUAAAAAACAAUGGAUAAAAAACUUGACAUUGUGAUAUUUUUUCUUUAAUAUAUUUUUUUAUCUAUCUCAGUUCUUAAUUUUUAGCUAUACAUAAAAAGAGUGUUGUGUUUUUACACCAGUAAUUAUUAGAGACAGCAAUAGACCAAUUGUGAUAUAUUAGAAUUCACACUUGGCUCCAAUAAGGCUUGGGGGAAUAAAACAAAAGAAAUCAUCUUGUCAGGCUCAGCAAUGAAAAAUACAUCUCUUUUUUUAUUAUUCCCCAAGCUACGGAGCCAAGUACAAAUUUUAUCGAAAAUUGGUCUUAAACAACUUGCUACUUGUUAUUUAACAGAUUCCUGCUGUUAAAUAACCUGCUACUUGAAACUACAUAUUUUAAACAAAAACUUAAUAUUGAAAAAGAAUUAGUAGAAAAGCUCAAAUAUAAUGCAAAGUUGUGUUACUAGCAUCUUUUCUACUAAUAGAGCCAGUCUUCAUCAGAAACUAAUUUAUGCAGUUAAUUUCAAGUGUAUUUGAAAAAAAAAAUGCAGCCCCAACUGUUAUGUUUGAUUUUCAGUUUCCCUGAUAGCAGACCUCUUCUCAAAUUUACUACACCAGUGUUUCAUCCUCAAGUUCAUCCUGUCAAUUGGUAAGUGAGGAAGCAGUGGCUGAUGACUUGAGGUGGUUUCAGAAAGAGGAAGUGGCAAGUUGUUCCACUGUUGUGUAAUUUAUACCUGCAUAUGUAUGUAAAAUGUUUGUGCAUAUAUAAAGUAGAGGCAAUGAAUGAAAGGCUGCUCAUAAACCUGACAGUUGAGCAGGUUCAACUGACUGUUAUGUUUAUGUACAUAACCCUCCAUACAUUGCCUCUAUUUUAUUUACGUGUGUAAAAUCUAUGUGCGCACUGCGUAAAAACUAUGAGACAGUUGAUCCACCUUUAGUCCCAUUCCCCUUUUACCAGUUCAUAGUCAACAAAACUAAAAAAGAGAUAUCAUAUAUUUAUUGAUUACAGUCAACUCUGGGAUUUAACCUGUUCACACCUGAAGAGGAUUUUAAUAGGAAUGAUGAAUUUAAAGAUCCUCACAACUCUUCAAAAAUUUCAUCAGGUUCAAGUUCCCUGACAGUUAAAGGAGGUGGCCUAAUUGAAGUAAGCAUCAAGCUGUUGAAUCGAUAAAGUAGAUUCAGAGCAAGUUAAAUAACGUGAGCUUUCCAAAUUUUCACUCAUUUUUUUGUACCUUUUUCAGGGUUCUGAACCUGGAUGUUUCUUUUCCCCAAUGGGAAAAAGGAAAAAACAAUGUAUGGUGAGUGGCAAAACUGUAUAACGGAAUCUUUGGUACACAUUUCAGUACAAAAAAUCAUACUUUGGUCAAUUAAAACACAAACGUUUAACUUGAUAAUAGGUCAUUUACAUAAUGGUGCCAUUUUAGUACACACUUUUUAAAAUAUAUAUACCAGUAUUCAUUUCACUUUUCUUUAUUUUUUAAUAAUUAAAAAUUCCCUUGAGUAAAUGGCCUGUUCAGUUCCUUAUAUUCUACCAAAUGAAGGAUAAUUCAAUCCCCACCAUACUGCUAAAGGAAGGAUAAUUCAGUCCCCACUAUAAAUACUGCUAAAGGUAGAAUAAAUUCAGUCCCAACUAUACUACUUAGAGAAGGAUAAUUCAGUCCCCACUAUAUAUACUGCUUAAGGGAGAAUAAAUUCAGUCCCAACUAUACUACUUAGAGAAGGAUAAUUCAGUCCCCACUAUACUACUAAGGAAAGGAUAAUUCAGUCCCUACUAUACUACUAAGGAUAGGAUAAUUCAGUCUGUACCAUACUACUAAGGAAAGGAUAAUUCAGUUCUUACUACACUGCUAAAAAGGAAGGAUAAUUCAGUCCCUACUACACUGCUAAAGGAAGGAUAAUUCAGUCCCUACUGUACUACUCAGGGAAGAAUAAUUUAGUCCUUACUAUACUACUUGGCGAGGCAUAAUUCAGUCCCUGCUAUAAUGCUAAAUAAGGAAGGAUAAUUUAGUCCCUACUAAACUGCUAAGGGAAGCAUAUUUGUAGUCCUUAGUGUACUGCUGAGGGAGGUAUAAUUCAUUCCUUACUAUACUACUAAGGGAAGAAUAAUUUAGUCCUUACUAUACUGGUAAGGGAAGCAUAAUGUAGUCCUUACUAUACUGCUGAGGGAGGAAAAAUUUAGCCCUUACUAUACUACUAAGGGAAGAAUAAUUUAGUCCUUACUAUACUGCUAAGGAAAGUACAAUUUAGUCCUUACUAUACUGCUAAGGAAAGGACAAUUUAGUCCUUGCUAUACUUCUAAAUUGCUCUUUCCUUAGUAGUAUAGUAAGGACUAAAUUAUUCUUCCAUUAGUAAGUAUAGUAAGGACUAAAUUAUCCUUUUUUCUAUUCUUCCCUUAGUCCUUAAAACUGCUAAGGGAAGGAUAAUUUAGUCGUUGGAAGGAUAAUUCAGACCCCACUAAACUGCUUAAGGAAGGAUAAUUCACUUUCCUCUUUAGUGCUUACUAUACUGCUUGAGGAAGGAUCAUUCCUACUUAACUGUACUGAGAAGGGAAGGAUAAUUCUCACCAGGCACAUUCCAAGGAAAGAUGAUUUAGAGCCUACAGCUAAAGGAGGAAUAUUUUAGUCCCCACUAUACGGUUAAAGAAGAGAUCUCCUGAGGUAGGCAGCUGCUUGAAACAGAUUUUCUUUUUCAGGCAAGUCCUUAAAUUUUUGAAGAGUUGCUUUUAUAACGUGGACACAUGGGGAGGAACAAAUGAAGCUGCCAUCGAUACGUAAGUGUUUCUAAUCUCCUGUUAGGAAUGGAGCAGAAUGAAGUCUAUGUGAGUGAUAUUUCUCAUCUAACGCCUGAAGACUUCAGAGCGACUAGACACCUCAUAAACAGACGUAUGGUAUCAGGAAUAGGUCAUAGAGGAUCACACCACUCGUGGCUGAAAGUGUUAUCUUAUUAAAGCUCUACAAGAAUAAUUCUAGAUCUAGAUAAUUUUGCCAGGGCCGUUUAAUUCUAACCUUGAACGUUUAAGGUAGCUUAUGUUAUGGAAGGUCGUUGGAGCGCCCUGUAAUGUGCACUUUAGAUACAGUGUAUACAUUUAUUCACGCUUUCGGCCGAUUCGGUGGACUAGAUACUUGCCUGUCACUCUGCUGAUACUUGACCGACAUAUGUAACACACAUUCUUAAUUAAGCGAGGAUCUUGGUGAUAAGAAGAAAAAUAUGGCGAAUGUUUUUAAAUCAUUGUGUUUAGAAUUCACAGCGAUAUCGAGAAAUUCAAAGAUGAAGCAGAACUAUGUGCGGCUGAUUCAGUCAGAUUAUUUGAUGAUGAACUUAGUCAAGGCAGAAGCUCAGGUAUGUUGGUAGUUUAAAAUAUUUCUUAGUUAAGCUCUGCAACAAUCAUUUACUUUCCUCCACAAAAAAUAGACCGCUUCAUUUUUACAGUCCAUACUGGAGACCUGGCCCCAGUUCUUCAAAAGGUGGAUAACGCCAUCCGCUGGAUAAAUCUCUAUCCAGUGUUGUGGAUAGCGCACUUGGUUUUCGUAAUAUGUAUUCGCUAGACAGUGAGUUGUAAGAUGGAUGGCGCUAUCCAGCGUUUGAGCAAUCCAGCCCUGCAGUACCAAUCUAACUAUGCUGUCACAAAACCCUGCGGUGUAACCUUUUAAAUAAGCCUCUUAGCCAGUGCUAUCAAAUGACACUAUUUCACAAAAUGUAAUUUGAAAUUUCCCUGGAAUUCUCUCAUUGGCCUUAUUUGGAAGUACAAGAACUUAUUUGCAGAAACCUACCUUACUAGACAGAGAGGAGCGGAGACGAAAGCUCUCUUGUUCGUAUCGCACGGGCGACCCUAAAUGAAGGCUUAGUUUUUUGUUGGUUAGAUCCCUUCUCGUACUCUUGAGUUUGUCCAGCUAGCAAUGCGAUGUACAAUGCUAGAAGUGCCCUCUUAAAGUCUCGUAAUUUUAUCAUUCUGAAUGAGUAAAAUUUAUUACAUUAUUUUUACCAUGUUCAACAGAUGACGACGGAAAUGUCCUCAGCCAGAAGAAUCUUAGCGACGUAGCAUUUAGAGAAGGGAAGAGAAUGAUGUUAACUGGGGUAAGAAUCAGAAUUCAGUCGCCACUAUACUGCUAAAGAAAGGAUAUUUCAGCCCCUACUAUACUGCUAAAGGAAGGAUAAUUUAGUCCCUACUAUACUGCUAAAGGAAGGAUAUUUCAGUCCCUACUAUACUGCUAAAGAAAGGAUAAUUCAGAAAGAGCACAUUGAGGUUAGGAAAAAUCUCAAGUUUGGUGUCAAUCCGGCCUAUAUUGAAGGGAAAAAAUGAAAUUAUAAGAGAUAUAUGGUUACUGGACACACCGUCCGGACGUCUAGAUAUUUCUUGUUAAAUUUUGGAGUUUUUGAAUGGCUGUAUCUCGUUCAAUAUAGGCCCAAUAAACACCAAACUUGAAAACGUUGCUAACCUCAGUAUGCUCUUUCUGUCUCUUCUCUCUCUUCCGGGUCUCGUGUGUUUAUCUUAGAAUAAAUGGACUCUACCCAGCCCCUCUCAGUUUGAAAUUAGGCAAUACAUGUCUCCCCUAAAAUUUAUAUGGGUCCCUCUUAAUACAGGUUUGCUUGUUCAACGUCCAACACUUCGAUACCAGUAGAUACCUAAACUAAAACAUUACUGCCUGGUUCUAAGUAUGCAUAUUCAUUCAGUGUUUUUGAAGGAGCCCGUGUUCCAUCUGUGUUAUUGAUAUUGUUUGGUGUAUUAUAUUACUUUACCAGGAAUUACCUUCAUGGAUGCCGUAAACUUAAGGUUGGGACACACCAAGGGUCAUGUUUCAGGGACAAGUCUCUCAGUGCGCAACACAAAUUUAGGGGCAAAAUUGUUCCCGCGACAUGUGGCAUUAGAUUCAACUUCAGAAGGUCAAGAAGCAUGUCGAGGAGACAAAAUGUUCCAAGGAACGCAUACACCUUCGUGUUUUCUCCCCGUUGUACAUGUCCCUGCAGUGGAAUCGGAAUAGUUGAGCCAGCCAGAGACAACGACCAGAAUUCUUUGUGAUCAUGCAUUGGGAAGGAAGACAAGCUAAAUCAUUUCCCGCGACAUGUUCGUAUUUGUGAGACAUUGUGACUUUGGCCCUGGCCUGCUACAUUUGUCUGUUACACAUCCCUAUUAGACGCCAGUUCGUUUUACUGCACGUGAUUGUGUGCCUAUUACAUAUGUCUGCUAGACAUUCCUGUUUGUACUACAGAUUUUAUCCUAGUUGCACGUAGCUGCAGCAACUCCUUGCAGCCUGUAUCCUCAGGUCUCCCUACCUUUGCCCUGAAAUUUACGCCUAAAUUAUAAACACCGAAAAAAUCGACGGGCCAGGCGCUCGUGACUUACAGUAUUUAAUAUAUCAUUCAAAUUUAAGCUACAUAGAGAUAAUAUAUAUAUUUUUUAUUUUAAGAGCUACUGUAAAUUGUGUAUUUUAAUAAAAUAGCUAUUGUCUCAUGAACCUAAACAACUGUUCACAUUA